GGAAUCCGCUGUGCCUAUCGCUCGUCGUUUGUUAUUAUUCUCAUUGAUAAAAAGUGUUAUUAAUUAAGAACAGGACAACAUGCCGAUUGUGGUGGUCACAGGUCUGCCGGCCAGCGGAAAGACCACCCGUGCUCGCCAGGUGCGGGAUUAUUUCGUGGAACGUGGCAGAAAGGUGCACCUGAUCAGUGAAAAUGAGGCUGUUCCGAAGGCGCUCUUUGACAAGAAUUCGCAUGCCGGCGAUUCACAAAAGGAGAAGGUCGUGCGCAGCGACCUUAAGUCGGAGGCAUCGCGGCACCUAAACAAGGAGGAUCUAGUCAUUUUGGACGCCGGCAACUAUAUAAAGGGCUAUCGCUAUGAACUGUACUGCAUGACCAAGGCGUCCAGGACCAACCAGUGCACCCUGUUCUGUUGCAUACCCCAGGAGCAGGCAUGGACCUUUAAUACCAAGCGUACGGCGCCGGAUGAGCUGCCCAGCGAAAGCGAAACGGAGCAGCCGGUGGACAAUUCGGAUGUUCCCUACACCCGCGAGACAUUUGAUGCCCUGUGUCGACGUUACGAGGAGCCGCAGAGCAACAACCGCUGGGACAGUCCGCUGGUGGUGGCGCUGCCCGAGGACACACUCGAUGUGGAGGCCAUCUAUAAGGCUCUGUACGAGACACAACCCUUGCCGCCAAAUCAGAGCACCCAGAAUCCGCCGCUAGGAGCUACCAACUACCUAUUCGAACUGGACAACAUAAUGCAGUCAAUCAUCAAGGAAAUUCUUGGCGCCGUUAAGAUCAAGGCCUUCGGACAACUGCGCAUCCCGGGUAGUAGUAGUCCCGUGAAAGUGACCACUUCGAUGAACGCCCUCCAGCUUAAUCGCCUGCGCCAAAAGUUCAUUACGAGCACGUGCCGCGCCAGUCAGACGGCGCCCACUCCGCUGGAGCAGGUUCCGCAGCUAUUCGUUCAGUUCAUCAAUGCCAACACGAUCGGCUGCUAGCACUGUGAUUGCGGUAUGAAUAAUGCCGGAAUAUAUAGUACUAACAUUACGUAGUGUGUUGCCAAAAUCUAAAUAUUUGAAAAACGUAAAAAAUCUUUUAAAAUAUAUAGCUUGAAUACUAAUAAUUUAUAAUUUCACCUGUUUUCUUGGAAGGUGAUUUUGACUUCUUAAACUUUAAGUAUUAUACAAAUAUAUUUUGAAAAGAUCAA